AUGAUGCACUACAAGAAGGGCAAGAACGUGGAGGAAGAACUAUCGCAGGAGCAGAUUCCGAUCGAGGUGUUACCGGAGCAAUUUCUCUGGAUGCACGUCAAGGGUGGUUCGGCGGUAACGAAUCUGGUCGAGUAUGCGAAGAAAACGCUCGAGGAGGGUUCGCAUCGUUCCGUUGUGUGGAGCGGUUCGGAUGGUGGAGUUGGGAAGACGAUAAGCUGUGCGGAAAUCUUAAAGCGACACUUCGAGCUACACCAGGUGACACGGAUAUGCUACAGAAAAGUUGAGGAAUACUGGGACCCACAGGAGGAUGGUUUGGAACAGAUCGUUGCCAAGCGGAACAUUCCCUGUGUGCACAUACUAACGUCGUUGGAUGAGAUCGACCCGACGGUACCAGGUUACCAGCAUUCCAAAACACACGGUGGCUUCUGGACGGGUUCGGGUCUCAGCUCGGCCGAGAGUCCUCGCAAACGUCCGCAAGGACAGCGACCCAAAGAGACAGGUGAUAAGAAGGGUAACUACUUCACCGGACCUCAGCUCAAGAAGAAGGUGAAUCGACACUAUUCCAAUGGUGAUGAUAUCUCCGGGCCCAGUAAUGGGGGAAAUCGGCAGCAGAAUAAUUCCCAUAAAGGGAAGGGCACCCAAAGACCCAACGAUGCUGCAGGGGACGGUGCUGGAAGCUCGCGGAGCAAAGGUAAACCUAGGGAUCGGGACAAACGGAGAAACCCAAACGCUACCGAGGUGGGUGAAAGUGGUGAUGGGACAAUGAAAAAGGGUUCAGAGGGUGUAGGAGGAGGACGGAGGGAUAGAAAGAAAUCGGAAAAGGAAGGAAAUCAAGCGAAUGACGUUAAGAUGGACACGAGUGCCGAUACUGCGUCACGUCAGGAAAACCCAACCAACGAGAAAGGGCACCAUCAUGGGAAAGAUAAUGCUGGCGGAAAUUCUUAA